AUGAAUAAACCAAUUAGUAAACCAAUUAAUAUAGUUUUGUUUGGACUCACAGGGCAAGGAAAAUCAUCUAUUGCCAACAUGUUGAUUCAAGGUGAUAUUUAUCAAAAAGGCAAUAAGUUUGAAAUUAAUGAUGGUGCUGUUGGUGCGACUGUCACUAUUAAUUUUAGUUCUAAUGAUGAUUUUAAGGUGUUCGAUACGAUUGGAGUGGGUGAGACAGUUUUUGGAAGAAUUCCGCAUAAGGAUGCUAUCAAAGAUAUUAGAAAUUAUUUUACUAUAUGUGAGGAACCACUCAACUACAUAGCUUACGUUAAAAUGAAAGGCAGAUUUACCGAAGAAGAUCGUAACAUGUUCAAUUUAUUUAAAGAGAUCUUUGAGGGAAGUGAGAAAAAUUUCAUUAUCAUUAUCACUAAUAGUAAUCAGAAAUGGGUCGAAAAGAACGCAGAAACGUUAAAGAAGAAUUUUGGUGAAGAUUAUCCGAUUAUUCCGGAAACAGUACUUCAGGUCCUUAGCUCGUUCCAGUCGGUCGAGAACAAAGUAUCCAAAGUCAUUGAAUUAAUACCAAUAGCUGGUUCAGCAUAUCAUCUGAUUUCUUCUGGUGUGUACUAUAAGCUGGGAAAGACGAAUGUAGCAACAGAAAGACUUGUAAAUGGAACUAUUGGAGCUGCAAUGGAUAUUGCGAGUGUUGGUGCUCUUCGAGCUGGUGUAGUUGCGGGAAAGGUAGCGGGUAAAGCUGCAGGUAAAGUUGUGUUUAAAGCGAUGGCUAAAAGUGCAGCUAAAGGUGCGGCGACAAUUGCUGCAACAUUUGCUGCAAAAAGUGUGGCUAAUGAAAGCAAUGUGUUCGAAAUUAAUGAUGGCGCUAUUGGUGCGACUAUCACGAUAAAUUUUAGUAAGAAUGAUGAUUUUAUGGUGUACGACACGAUUGGAAUAGGUGAAACAGUUUCUGGAAGUGUUCCUCAUAAGAAAGCCGUCAAAGAGAUAAGAAAUUAUUUUACUACUUGUCAGGUUCCGCUCAACUAUAAUGCUCACGUUAAAAUGAAAGGUAGAUUUACCGAAGAAGAUCGUAAAAUGUUCAAUUUAUUUAAAGAGAUCUUUGAGGGAAGUGAGAAAAAUUUCAUUAUCAUUAUCACUAAUAGUGAUCAGAAAUGGGACGAAAAGAACGCAGAAACGUUAAGGAAGAACUUUGGUGAAGAUUAUCCGAUUAUCCCGGAAACGGUACUUCAGGUCCUUAGCUCGAGCCAGAUGACUGAGGAUAAAGUAGCUAAAGUCAUUGAUUUCGUACCAGUAGCUGGAUCGGCGUACCAUCUAAUUUCUUCCGGCGUUUACUAUAAGCUGGGAAAGUCAAAUGUAGCAAAAGAACGACUUAUAAAUGGAACUAUUGGGGCUGCUAUAGAUAUUGCGUGUAUUGGUUCUCUUCGAGCUGGGGUGACUGCGGGAAAGAUGGUCGUUAAAAGUUUGGUAAAAGGUGCUGCACAAGAUACGGGUAAAGGUGCGUUUAAAGUAAUAGUUAAAAAUGCGGCAAAAACUGCGGCGAAAAGUGUUGCACAAAGUUCGGUUAAAGAAUUUGUACGAUCAGAUAAAUGA